AUGACCGACUACGAGCGUAUUAAGGCAAGUUGCCUACAACGGCGUGAACUGUGGGAAGAUCCAGACUUUCCGGCCGUUCAGCCUUCUGUGUUCUACCAUCAAGUCCCGCCUUUCACCUUUGAAUGGAAACGAGCAAAAGAACUGUACACAAACCCUAAGUUUAUACUUGACAGCAGCGAUACUUUCGACGUAGUAACCGGCAGACUUGGAGACAAAUGGCUGUUAUCGUGCGUUGGAGUCUUAUAUCUAUGCAAAGGUCUUUUCUAUAGAGUUGUACCCGCGGACCAAAGAAUAGACUCUAAUUAUGCAGGCGUUUUCAGAUUUCGACUAUGGUGGUGUGGACAGUGGGUGGAAGUUUUGGUAGAUGACAGGCUUCCGACAGUACAUGGAAAACUGGCGUUCAUGCAUUGUAGUCAUUCAGAACAGCUCUGGCCAGCUUUAUUGGAAAAAGCUUAUGCGAAAAUGCAUGGUUCUUACGAAGCACUUAAAUACGGCAAUCUCCUGGACUGCCUGGCAGAUCUCACGGGAGGUAUAACAGAGUCGCUGAACGUUGCAGAUCUUAAGGACGCCGCCGCCCUUCACAACUUAAUGAAAACAACGAGUGUUGUUACAGCGUAUAGAUUACCAAAUGCAGUAUCUCAUUCCGUUAAAAGUAUAGAAUCGGGUAUGAAUUACAGACUUUAUAACGUGGAAAGGAUAGAAACAAUAGAUGGACCAGUAUAUCUAGUGAGAUUAGCUAGACCAUUAGCGCCGGGAGACACGCAUAUCACACAUUUUAUUUUAGACCAUGCAAGUUGGAGUUCCAUAUCAGUCCACGAACGUGAACGUCUAACAUCGACAACAAAAGGUUUCUGGAUGUUGUACAAUGACUUCACAUCAAUGUUUUCACGAGUAGAAAUGGUACAUUUAGACGCAGAAACGAGUAAAGCUGAAACUUCGCUAACUGACAAACAGAAGUGGCAAGUAAAGAGUCAUCAAGGGCGGUGGAAGAAAGGCGUUACGGCUGGUGGUUGUAGAAAUCACGUUAAUUUCUUCCACAUGAAUCCACAAAUACAAAUCUUAUUAAACGAACCAGACACUGUGAUCAUAUCACUAAACCAACACAGUAUCAUGGAACCCAAAGUUAUAGGAUUCAGUAUUUAUAAGAUUCCAAAAACAUUGACUGAAACGGCGUCACCCUUAUUUUUCAAGAAAACCAAGAGCUCCAUCAAUUCACAGUACACGAACAGCAGGCAAGUCAGUGAAAGAUGUAGCCUCGACGCGGGCGCCUAUUUAGUGAUACCGACAACAUUUGAACCAAGACAGGAAGCAAACUUUUCAUUAAGAGUCUAUUCCAUAAAACAACUUAAAAUGAGAGUAUUAGAUUGCACACCGCAAAUGUUGAAAGCAGCAGUGCUUAAGGCGCCUCCUGGUGUUGAAUCAACUAGCUUUGCUCAGUAUGAAUCGCAAUUCCUUCAGCUAGCAGACGAACAUAAAACCAUAAACGCUUUCGAAUUGCAAGAACUCCUCGAAAGAUGUUUACCCAAUGACUACAUCAAAAGCUGUGCGACAAUAGAGACGUGCAGGCAAAUCGUAUUGUCGAUGGAAAAAGAUGGUUCCGGCCGUAUAACUCUCUCCGACUUCAAGGACCUUAUUUGUAGUCUAAAGCAUUGGCAAGUUGUUUUCCGAGCACACGCACCAGAAAAAAUGAGUGUUCUUAAAAUUGAAAAAUUUCGUGAUGCUCUGCGUGACGUUGGUUUUGUUAUACCAGAGCGAGCGUUGUCUCUACUGGUUCUAAAGUAUAUGAGAAAAGACGGCAUGUUGCGAUUUGGUGAUUUCGUCUCGGCAGUUGUACUCCUUCAUAGAGCUUUUCUGGCUGAGGUCGGCUUUGACAUGCUGAUGUUAGGAUAAUAGUACCUAUUUAUGUAUAAAAUGAAUGCAUUUAAUGUGUCACAGAACUUAACUAUAAAUUGUUUAAGAAAUGUUUGUACUAAUUUAAACUUUAAUUAAUGCUGUAAAAAUAUCAGAUUUAGAAAAAAUAUUUCUUGUAACUUUUUUUUUGGACCUUACUAAAAAAAAUCUAUUUGUGUUAUAUACUUUAGGACAAGAUUACAUAAACCUUUUAUGAACUAAUUGUAAAGCUUUGAUCUCUAUAAAAUGAAUCAUUACUUAGAUAGUAGGUACAACAUUAUAGAUGGAAAUAAUUUUUUUUUUCAAAAUUGUACAUAUUUGUACUGUUAUUUUUUUUAAUUCCACCGAUUCAUCAUCAUAAAGUCAUGAUUUUUUUAUAUGAAAAUGUUUGUUAGAGGUUUAAACCAUUAACUUAAAAUCUUAGGUAACUAAUUGUUUUCACUUAGGAAUCUGUAAAUAGUAUCUGUAUUUUAUAGAUUGGUAUAAGUUCUGUAGUGUACUGCAUACUAAAAAUAAGUUAUAAACAUAUCGUAAAGCUUUUAGAAUAUUAUACGUAUGAGAGAUUGUACUUUUAAUAUCAAAAUAAAAUAUACCAUACUUGUG